AUGGCACCCAAGCGUCACACGGCGCAGGCAUCUGAGAAGUCGCCAUCGUCCUCGCGCAAGAUCAUCGUCACUGCAGGAGAGGGCCAGACGGGGCGCCUCCUCAUUGACCUGCUCGUCGACGAGAGCUAUCGGAGCAAGUUCCGGUCGCUGACCGCGCUCGUCUUUUCCGAGGAGGCCAAGUCCGUGCUCGCGGAGUACGAGGAGAUACAGGUGCUCGUGUUCGACCCGAAGGACGAGCAGUCGCUCGUGAGCGCCAUGGAGCAGGUCGACACAUGCAUGCUCAUCCCGCCAGCGCGCAAGGACAAGGCAAAAAUCACGCGCACACUGCUCGAGGCCGCCAAGAAGGCCAAGACCGUCACGAAUAUGGUCUUCUUGUCCAGCGCCGGCUGCGACUACGCCGAGCGCGGCAGGCAACCGCGUAUCCGCGAGUUUAUCGACCUCGAGCGCCUCGCGAUGCAGCCCAAGUCCGAUCCGUCGACAGGCGAGACCGGACAUAGCACUUGUGUCAUUCGAGCCGGGUUCUAUAUGGAAAACCUGCUACUUUACACGAAGCAGGCUCAGUCCGAAGGCAAACUUCCGAUUCCUAUCGACCCUGACCACAAGUUUGCGCCCGUCGCCCUGGGCGACGUUGUCCAAGUUGCGGCGCACGCGCUGACGAGCUUCGGGCCCCAUGGCCUUGGCGACGACGUUCGUGGCGAGAUUCUCAUCGUCACUGGCCCGAUGGUUACCGCAGGCCCUGAGCUGGCUAUGGCAGCCAGUCAAGCGUUGGGAACGAAGAUGGAGUUUGAGAGCAUUGCCGAGCGAAAUGCCAGACAAAUAUUGUUUUCGGAUCAGGGCGCAGAGAUCGACGAAGCGGAGAAGGAAUACUUGCUUGAGUACUAUUCACUCGUCCGAGAAGGCAAGACGAAUUAUGUUAGUAACAUCCCUAUGUUGGCGUAUUUCGGCCACCGGGGCCAGGAACCCUCCGAUUUCUUCAAGGUAUAUAACGAGGAAUUCAAGCCCAAGCGCCGCCGAACUGCAAAGAAUGGUGGUACUGCCGAGUCGAAGAAGCAGCCCACGCGUUCAUCAGCGCGUGGCAAAGGCGCAAAGAAAGCUGAAGAUGAGGACGCUGACAUGGAGGGCGGAGAAAAGACUGUCGGCGAGGAACUUGACGGUUGACCAUAAUCAGUGAUGUGCAUACGUACGGUUUUUUUAUGAUAGCGCGACGUCGGAGAUACGAACAUACGGCGUAUAUAAGCGUAUAUACGACAAGUUCACGUGAUUCACA